CUUGUCGCUUGUGGAAUGUGUUUGUCGCUGCUUGUUGUCGCUCAUCGACAAUGUAACCUCUCUUUCUUUUCUAUUUGAAGUCCAACCGAGAAAUUAAAAUGGUGGAAGAAACGUAUGAGGCUGCGGUGGUAUCCACUGAAAAUACCGAAACAAUGCCAAUGCCAACAUUGGCAUCAUCAUCUGAAUUACUUGAAAUUAAGUUGUUCGGACGUUGGCCCUGUGAGGAUGUCACAGUAAGUGACAUUUCACUUCAGGAUUAUAUUGCUGUUAAGGAAAAAAAUGCUCGUUACUUGCCUCAUUCUGCUGGUCGUUAUGCUGCUAAACGAUUCAGAAAGGCACAAUGUCCAAUUGUCGAAAGAUUGACAAAUUCAUUGAUGAUGCAUGGUCGUAACAAUGGCAAAAAAUUAAUGGCUGUAAGAAUUGUUAAACAUUCUUUUGAAAUCAUCCAUUUGUUGACUGGUGAAAACCCACUUCAGGUUUUGGUCACAGCUAUUAUCAAUUCAGGACCACGUGAAGACUCAACACGUAUUGGUCGUGCUGGUACUGUUCGUCGUCAAGCUGUUGACGUUUCACCACUUCGUCGUGUCAAUCAGGCAAUCUGGUUAUUAUGCACUGGUGCAAGAGAAGCAGCAUUCCGUAAUAUCAAGACAAUUGCUGAAUGUCUCGCUGAUGAGUUGAUCAAUGCCGCUAAAGGAUCAUCAAACUCAUAUGCUAUCAAGAAAAAGGAUGAACUUGAACGUGUUGCUAAAUCUAACCGUUAAUCAUCUGUCAUUCUUAAAAGUAAUAAAAAAAAAUUUUUCCUUGAUAA